UCGCCACGUAAUAGAUAAAUUGAUUUUCUUUUUGUCUUUUCCUUUGGCAACUUAAAAAUAUAUAUAUAAAAUGUAAACAGACCACAAAAGAGAAAAAGCUCUCACUCACAAAAAAAAAGAAACACAUCGAAUUCUCUCUACCAUACAAAAAAGAGAAUCUCGACGAUUCUCUCAAAGAAAAAAAAACCAACGCUGCCGGCGAUAAGGUGAAUGGCGGGACAGUCAAGGAAAUGGAUGAUUCUGGUGGCGACGAUAUGGAUUCAAGCUUUCACAGGGACCAACUUCGAUUUCUCAGCUUACUCUUCAGAUUUGAAAUCGGUUCUUGGGAUAUCUCAGGUGCAGCUGAACUACCUGGCCGUGGCUUCGGAUCUCGGGAAAGUAUUCGGAUGGUCCUCGGGUCUUGCCCUUAUGUAUUUCCCGCUUUGGACGGUCCUUUUCGCGGCGGCUUUUAUGGGAUUCGUCGGUUACGGAGUCCAGUGGCUCGUCAUCACUCAUUUCCUCUCUUUGCCUUAUAUUAUGGUGUUUCUCUGCUGCUUACUUGCUGGUUUAAGUAUCUGUUGGUUCAACACAGUCUGUUUUGUGCUCUGCAUUAGUAACUUCCCUGCAAACAGAUCACUUGCUCUGUCCCUCACAGUGAGCUUCAAUGGUGUAAGCGCCGCGUUAUAUACUUUAGCUUAUAACGCAAUCAAUCCAGCCUCUCCAGAGCUGUACCUUCUCUUGAACGCUCUUAUACCUCUCAUUGUAUCUUUCACUGCAAUCAUCCCUAUUCUUCGCCAACCGCCUUUUGAGCCUCUUCCACCAGAUGGUGUUCGACGUGACUCUCUCAUGUUUCUAGUGCUCAAUAUACUCGCUGCUUUGAACGGUGUUUAUCUCCUUCUCUUUGGAUCGAACUCCUCUGAUUUAACCUCUGCUCGGCUCCUUUUUGGUGGAGCAAUCGUUCUUUUGAUCUUUCCUUUAUGUAUUCCCGGUUUAGUCAUCGCUCGGAGUUGGUAUGACCGCACUAUCCACACUAGUUUCCGUCUUGAAGGUUCCGGUUUCAUUCUUGUUGAUCCUGAUGAGCUUGAGUUGCAUAAAGGGAUGCUUGCACAUGAAGCAAACCGCGAAAGCUACCAAUUGCUGAGUGAUGAUGUGGUGCAAAACCCGGUUAAGACAGUAGCUGUUGAGGAAGAUGAUAUUGAUGGGUCUUGUUGCACGAAGCUUAUUACAAAAGAUCAGCUUGAAGGUUUGGGGAUAGAACAUUCUUUGUCGCUGCUCUUACACAGAUCAGAUUUUUGGUUAUACUAUAUUGCCUAUUUUUGCGGUGGAACCAUUGGACUUGUGUACAGCAACAACCUCGGACAGAUUGCUCAGUCUUUAGGACAGAGUUCAAAUACAACAACUCUUGUCACACUUUAUUCCUCUUUCUCAUUCUUUGGAAGAUUGCUUUCUGCAACACCGGAUUAUAUCCGAGCGAAGGUUUAUUUUGCGAGAACCGGGUGGUUAGCAAUCGCGCUAUUACCAACACCAUUUGCGCUUUUCUUGCUUGCAUUAUCAGGAAACGCAUCAGCAUUACAAGCGGGAACCGCGCUGAUGGGUUUAAGCUCAGGGUUUAUAUUCGCAGCAGCAGUUUCCAUCACAUCAGAGCUUUUUGGACCAAACAGUGUUGGAGUUAACCACAAUAUCCUGAUCACAAACAUACCAAUAGGAUCGCUGAUCUAUGGAUUCUUGGCUGCAUUGGUUUAUGACUCGCAUGGUUUCAGCGGGAUUAAAUCAGUGACCUCGGAGUCAGUGGUGUGUAUGGGGCGGGACUGUUAUUACUUGACCUUUGUGUGGUGGGGUUGCUUGUCUCUGAUUGGGCUAGGUUCGAGUCUUGUGUUGUUUAUUAGAACUAGACGAGCUUAUCGACGGUUUGAACAAGCUCGCAUAAGUUCAAACAUCGACUCUUAGAAAUUUGCCUCAACACCAACGGUUUGUGUUUGUGGAUAUGUAGGAUCUAAAUUAUAACAACAAUUUUAGUGGAUUUGGCUGAUAACUAAAGUUUCGAUUUCAUU